CCCGCGUACCCUUUGCCACAGCGGUACUGCACAACAGACGAGGUCUACUGGGUAUUGUCGCGGGUGGACUUAUUGACAGCGUAAACGUCCUAUCGGAAGUCUCCAAUCAAUACACAGUGUUUCGAUUGAUCAUAAUGUUCACUACACGUCAGACUUGUUCAGGAUUUGUUCGGCCCUCUUUAUCAGGAACCGAAAGUAUGAAAGGCGAGGUUCGUGACUGAAAAGGGGUUUACGAGCCAUAGUGCCGAAGUGUAAAUGGGAGCAUAAUGGAAGCAUAAUACUGGCAAGGAUUUUCUGUGUGCAUCAAUCAUCAUGAGCACUGUGGCUUACCUCCCUGUUGGCGGGCUGGAGGAUCUGGAAAAGGGGCUGAAUCGACUACGGCGAUCUCAGUUGAUGAUAGUGCCAGAGUUCAAAUCUAUGUUUUGGGCGAUGGAGCGCCAUCACCGAGACCUCAAGCUGGCCCACCUGACUGGCAAGGCUAAAGAUCUCCAGGAACAAGCCAUCAGAGACACAAAGUUUUACAACAUUCUUGUGAAGAUGCUGUGUGAAGUCAAGGAAAAACGGACAGGUGAACAGAGAGAGGGGCUGAGGCGGGUCCACACCUGGUACAUGGCCAACAAGCACGUCCUGUACUGUGGACCGCGUUUUGGGAAAGAGGUCCUCAAAGAGGAGGCUAAGGAUGUGCUUGUUAAAGCAACAACCCCACGGCAACCAAAACGAGCGAAAUCAGCUAAAGAGAGGCCCUCAAGCAGCAGAGUCAAAGUCACCCCAAGUCGCUCUGGUCGUUUCAGCACACCACGCCAGGGUUACUCGGGUGGUCGACAGAAACUGUACAACUCAUUUCAGAGCACACCAAGAAUGAAUGGGGGCCACGAGAGUUUUAGGCUUGACUUUGUGCCUCGGUAUGUUAAUGAGCCCUAUGAUCCACCUCCGUACAGUCAAGAAGAAAAUGAAUUUGCCUUUGGUCUUCAAUUUGCCGGUGACGGGGAUGAACUUGUGGCUGUAAGUAAUGAAAACCUCCAUCUUAACCUGGAGCAAGAUAUCAUGGAAGAGCCUGCAGUGGAAUCAGCUGUUUCUUCUCCACAUCGGGUUCUCUCCAGGCCAAAGACAGCUUCUGUCUCAUUCUCUCCCCUGAAGGAACAGUCAGUGAACCAGGCAAAGCCGGAGAGUCCAUUCGGCAAAAGACCAGUACACCCUAUCUCCAGCAUGGUCAACCCACACGUGACUUUGGCCAAAGAGUUGGCACCGGUCAACCAGGAGGAACUUGAUGAGAAGAAAGCUGCCAUGCCUAUCAGAAUUGGUUCGGCUCAUGCCUCAAGGUCUGAGAAUUUGCAAGCGUGGCAGACGUUCAACAAAAACCGAUCUUAUGGCCAAGAGAUUGCAGGCAAGCUGAGCUUUGUUGGCCGCAGUGGCACUGCUUCAGAUGUGCGCUACGCAGCUCACAACCGUGGAGAGAUGCCGGAAAUUUAUACACAAGAUGUGGUGAAACAUUUUUCCCAGCACAUAAGCCCAACUUCUGUGUCACCAAGGGGUUCAGAUGAAGAAGCUCAAGCAUACAUGAACCAGACAUUGGAAGACUUUUACCAGCAGGCAGAUGGUAUGGUCCCUCCAACCAGGAUUAGAUCCAAGUCAGCAAAGUAUGCAAGGAUCAAGUCAGCGCCUCCCAAAGUUCACAAUGCACCAGGAAGUGGACACACACCUGCAGUGGUUACGUCAAAACAGUCAGAAGAAACUGUCAGGCCUGUACCAGAAGAGAAGCCUGUGGUGGGGCUGUCAGACACCGGGGUCAAGCUAGACACUGUCAUCACGGUCAUUGACUCUGUCACUGACGACAUGGCUUACUUCAAAGAGAAGCUUGCCCCUGAGCCUGAGCCAGGUUUUCGCCAACCAUCUACAGCUGGCCUCCCGACCCCCCGCGAGGCUACGGCGUCCAUGACCCCAAGAACCCUGAUGGAGGUCGAGGGUUCAGAGCAUCCGGUGUGUCCCACACCAGUGCCAAACGCAGCCAGUGAGGACCCAGUGUCUCGGCCUUUCUCCAGCCCAAUGGCGUCUCACAUGGUUCACAUCAGGGAUGACACACCGGAUGGACGGAGGAGAGGAAAGGUUAGGUGCCAGUCGGCGAGCGUGGUGGACUGGAGGGGAAAGAUUGUGCCAGACACCAUGAGAUACAAGAGAGCGACAAGAACGAGAGGGCAGUCCAGGCAGCGAGUCACAGCACCAUGGUGGUCAACCAGGAGGACGUUGAUCACAUGAUCACUGUGCAGCAUCUCCUGUCUGGAGAGGACCGUGCUGACUCUUUGGGCUCCUUGUUGGACUUUGACGAGAACUUCUGGAAAAGUCUUCGAGGAUCGCCAUCAAAGCAGGAAGCCAACCCUUCCUUGGAGUUCUUGUCCAUCAUUACCCCCUCUGCUGCCGCUCUUGAGAUCCGAACCAGCAACCAUCACACGAGAGUGGGGUGCCCUCAAGCGUUCUCCCCGCUGAGAUCCAUGUCCCCCACUCAGACUUUGACGAAGAGGCUCUCAAUGCUGCCGUGAGAGAGGAGCAGUGUCUACGCAGUGAACUUUCACCUUCACCCACUGCAGGGGAUCAUCGGCCUGACCAAGGUUUUGUCAGUCAACUACAAGCUCGGCCCAAAAGCCAGGGGGACCACCCAGAUUCGCAUAUUGAAGUGUCAUCAGCAGUAGUUCCUGGAGGGAGGUCUCCCACACCGGCUCAUCUGCGGGCCAUCCCUUUACAACAACUCAGCCAAUCAGAGCCAUGGCAGUUUUCUCUAGAGGAGGAGUUUCAUGAUCCGGAAGAAUCCAAGAAGACUGACCACUUUAGUGAUGUCCAGCUGAUUCCUGAGCAGUCUUGUCCUGAGUGUAGAUCUGCCAUUAUGUCCACUAGGGUGGAGAGGUCCGCUGGUCGUAUGCCCAGCCGCUCACAAAGCGCUAACACACAGAUGCUGGCCUUCAGCCGCAGGUACAAUGAGGCCAUGAGACGAGCUCCCCCUCUCCGCACACCUCCGUCAAUUCCUACACCGCAACCCAGUGCUAAAAAGACUUCACGUCGGAGUGGACAGAUUUUAUUCGAAUUAGAACAUCAAGCCAGGAAAACCAGAAGUCCAAGAAAUUUUAUGCAAAAAAUCCAAGAUCUGCGCAGCGUGGACACGUCUCGCCCGGGCUCCCUGGCCAGCACAAUGACCCCUGACCCCAUCGUGGGCAUGUCCCUCCAUGUGUGCAAGCUGCCCGUCUCCAGCAGGGGGCGCACCUCACAAAUUUCAUCUGAUAUGGACUUUGAGCUCCAAACACCCAAGUACCUGUCUGAUGCGCCAUACUUCAUGUCAAGAGAGCAGAGUUCUUUACAAGCCAUUGAUGAAGGUCUUGACCAGUUCCGCAGUGACCACGUCGUGUCCUUCUCCGAUCUCCAGCACCCUCAGUCCAAGCCCAUGACCGCUCCAGCCAUGGCGGGCCGCAACAGCCUGCCCCUUCCUGAGGAGCUCUCCUUACAGCGGAACGCGACAUUUACCAGCAUCGGCUCUCGCCAGACUGGACGGAGUGGCGUGGUAGACGGACAAUCUGGCCCACCACCAACACGGAACAUUGCCAGGAUUGGACGUCCAAUCGCCCAGGUUUCCCAAGUGCCAGAUCCUGAUGAGCUCUUGCAAGCUGUGCAAGUCCAGAAAGAGGCAGCAGCUGCAGUUGACAUUCAGAGGAUAUUCCGUGGCUAUGUGGCGCGAAGCGUGUAUAAAAAUUUGCUUAGUGAGGAGAGACAGAAAAACGAAGAUGAAAGGAAAGCAGCCGUUAAGAUACAAAGUUUGUACCGAGGGCAUGUCUCACGCAAGAGCGCCAUCUACAACCGCCCUCCGCUGAACCCUGAACUCAUCCAGUGGGCCAGGGAUUUCAAGGCCAUCCAGUCUCACCAUGCCAUCAAGAGACAGGUCAAAAUGGAGAACCUCUCCAAUGAGAUCAGCUCCAACCAUCGUGAGGCCAAUGGAAAAAUAUCUGUCAUAGGACCACACGUGGAGAUAUAUGACAUUUAUCACCCAAAAAAGACAGGACCCACGAAGAGGGAGUUGAACACAGCAGCCAUUAAAAUCCAGAAGAUUGCCCGGGGCUGGAUGAUUCGACGCAAGAUGGAGAAAUUAGCCAGGCUACGAGAGUGUGUUUGAGAAGAAGUCGUUUGGCGGAGAGUUGGAGCAGGGGGACGUGGAGGCAUUCUUCAAGGAGUGUGACCUUUACCCCUCGCAGGCCGAGAUAGAGGAGGCCAUGGAUGUCACCAUGCAUGGUCAAGCGAACAAGAGAGGUAACCAAGGCAUGAAGAAGAAAGAGUUGAUGGACAUGAUCUUCUACAUCUACGUCCCUCCCGCCACGGGACUGAAGAACACCCGGCAAAGCACUUGGAUGAACCCUAUCAUUAACGGGCAGGAAGCGAGGAAGUUACUCGGGAGUGAGUUUGUGGAACAAGCCCCUCUGGCUCCUUGUGUCAAGCUGGUGAUUGACUUGAAGAGAGAAGAGAGGCAGAAAGAGCAAGCGCUGAAGGAGGCGGAAGCCAGGAAGAGAAUUGAAGAAACGUGGAUGAAGAAAGCGGAGGAGAAAAAAGAUGGGAAAAGGUCGAGAAAAGUCACCUAUCAGGAACCGGAGGAGGGCUGAAGCUGUUUGUCUCACACUGGGGCGGAAUGUUUAAAUGUUUCUUGUAGCUUUAGUACAUGUAGGUAAAUGGAUGUAUGCCUUGGAAGUGUAGGAUACCACCACCUACGUUUUAUUAACAGUGGUGUUGAAAGGGGAUUUGAACCCAUACCAUUCCUUAUCAUUCUGUUCUUUACAUACCUGGUACUUUACCUGGAUAGGUGUUCUUGCAAUAUAUCCUGAAUUCAAGAUAUUUUUUAAUGACUGCAGUUUAGUUUGCGUUUUCGUAUGAUUUAAGCUCUCUUUCCUUAAUUAUAAUUUAAGCUCUUUUUUCUUUAAAUAUUACUGUUGCACUUCUUAAAGCUGAAGUUCUGUUCCUGAUAAUUGUCUUUUAUUUUAAGCUCAGGACUUUUUUUCUGAAGAAAUUGUGCCUGUCAAACAAAAAUUAAACAAUGCAGUUUUCUCAAA